AUGAGUCACUCCAGUGUAGUCGAAUUCAAGGAGGGCGACCACGUUAAGCUCAAACAAGCCGUCGUUGGCGUAGUUCUCAGGGCUGGAACGCGCGAAGUCAUACAGAAUAAUAUUGUCAAACCAGUGGGGGCGAUUGUCACCGUGUUGCGAAAGAAUGCAAAAGGUCGAGAGUCGAUCAAUAUGGAACCUUUGGCCCCGAACGAUUUUACUUACAGUUUGUACGAAGACUUUACCGUGGAAAUACCAAACAAGUUCGAGCCUGGCAAUCGCAUUUCUAGCCCGAGGUGGAUCUCCCACUCGUGCUUUUCGCUUACCCCAGGCGGCCCACCUGGAAGUGAUUUUUGGACUGGAAGCGAGUUACUGUAUGUCAUAAGAAGCAUUACCUUCAUGGCCCCAGGUGGUACCCGCCGCACCAUUGCCCCAGGCCAACGUAUCUUUAUCGUUCCGGGAGCCAGAACAUCAUCUGGCUCAUUCAAUUCCAAUCUGCGCCUGGAAAACGCCCAUUACGAGGUACUGUUGGCAGUCCCGAUACGCGAGGGGAGGCGUUGGCGAGCUAGUGAAGCUGUUAGUCAUUCUGCCCUUAAGCUUGCCUAG